CAUCACUUUGUCUGAUUAAAGACAAACGACGUCGUUUAUAUAGCUGUGUUAUUAAAAAUAUGGGUUUCCUACGGCUCGAACUCGUGUACUCGGGUUUAAUGGUAGGGGUUUUUGCCACUGAGCUAGUGGACUUUGCGAUAGAUUUACGAACACAAUUUCUUUUAUUCUUCGAAUCCGAGUUAAAGACAAAUUAAUGAAACGACGCGUUUUAUAUUAACUUUUUAUUAAAAAGAUGGGGUUCCAUCGACUCGAACUCGUGCACUCGGGUUUAAUGGUAGGGGUUUUUGCCACUGAGCUAGUGGACUUUGCAAUGUAUGUACGAACACAGUUUCUUUUAUUCUCUUUGAAUCCGAGUUAAAUGAAUCAAAAAGAAACGACGGCGUUUUCUCCUCCGAUUGGUAUAAACCCUAAAUGGGCGAAAUCAUAAAUCCAGUUCGCGAUUCAAGCUCGAUUCUCUUCGAUCUCGUCCUUAAGAAUCUCGAUUCUCAUCUCUCCUUCUUCGAGUAUCGCAUGAUGAGUUCGGGUUGUGAGGAUUCGUCUGUGAAUACGAUGGGAAUUCGUGGUAUCCCGGAGCAAUGCGGCUGUGGUCGAAGAACUGGGAUAUACACAUCAAAAACGAAGGUCAAUCCAGGAAGAACUUUCUUUAGAUGCCCAACGUUUCAAAAUGAUCACUUGUAUAAAUGGGUAGAUGAAGCUGUCUACGAAGAGGUUCAAGAUGCAUUGCCAAAAGUUGAGUGCUUUGCAUCAGAUGUUAUGAAACUUAAAAUGGAGAUCGAAAGCAUGAAAACCGUGGAGGAAGAGUUGAAAGAAGAUGUCAGGAAGGCGAGCAAUGAACUUAAGAAGCUGAAUGUGAUCAUGAAAGUGGGUUUUUCGGUGGUUUGUUUAUGCGGUGUGAUAUGUCUUGUGUUGAUCAUGUUUGACAAAGCAUAUGGGUUGUCUAUGAAUAGCUACUAGGAGACUCUGUUUAUGUAAGACUAUGUUUAUGUAAGACUCAUGGUUCAUGUAAGGCUAUGUUUUAAGACAAUGUUUCAGUAAUGUUUAUGUUUUACUUCUUGAUUGUUUAUAGAAGGACAAAUGAACACACCAAUGAACAGACCAUCAUGAUGAAAACACAAAGAUAAUAACCGACAGUUUCAAAUUAAAACAGCAGGAA